GACGCCUGAACCACGCCAACAGCUGCUCACGUCCCCAUCGGAGCUGCUACCGAACACCUAUGCCUUACAGCAUCUUGCAACGGCGCUCAUGCGCACUGGUGCAUCACAAGACCAGGCCCUUAUCAUUACUGGCUUGGGAGCUUCGAUGGCACUUGAUGAUGCCGCAAUCACUGAAUGGGCAGACAUCCCUUCCGAGCUCCAAGACUGACUCCGAUCUCAGGACGGGCUGAAGAUUGACCGACAGCCUAUCGACUCAGCCCAGACGCCCAUGAAGACAUAUAUUCUUCUAAGCCAGGGAAACAAGAAACCUAAAAAGUCGAUCGCCACACACAAUAUCCUCGAAAUCGCGCUUGGUGUUGCAGUUAAAUACUUCUUACAUGUCGAAAAACUCAAGUUCUGUGCGAGCAUCAUCGAUGAUCUAGUGCUGUACGCGGCUAGCCCAAACAACAUCAUGCCACGCCGAUGGGCUACUGCAAACAGAUGAUACUGGACGAUCCAUAUGCACGGUUCAAAAAGCUAGACCCUUCAAGGUAUGUUCUGCGCUUUCUACGGGGCGGCUGUGGCUCGCAAGAAUGCCGACCUCCCACUGAGAAUGUGUGGACAAUCCCAGCAGACGACAGCAUCCCUGUGGUCAUGAACGGAGAAAAGCCGCUACAGCUGCCUCCACCGACGAAGGCUAGCUGGGAGAGAUACUUUAUUCGCCCUGCCUCAGAUUAUUCAAAUUUAGGGCUGCCCCGCGAAAUAGAGAUUGUCUGCACAAAAUGCCACAAGGAAGUCUGGGUCGACAAAAACCCUCGAUGGACCACCGAAAGCAGCCCAAGAUACGUUCCUCGAUCGCCUCGCUGUCAGACAUGUGCGACGAAAGCAUCUGCUUACUGGUUUCCUAGGGACACCACUCCAUGGGUAAGAGUCAAUCACCUGUCCCGAAAAUGGAGGUCAUUGAUGUCUAAUCGGGCGUUUGACCCUGCCAAAAUUGCAACUGAUCCUGACUCUUACUUCCCUUCGAAACCUGCAAGGUGAUAACUAUUUUCGGAGUGAAGGAGAACUCCAUUAGAUAUUUCUCCUACCCACAGAAUCAUAAUAUAUCAACUUGUCAUCC